AUGUUCGUCCAGUCCAGCCUCAUUACCCUCGCUCUCGUUCUUUCGGCAACCGCCUCUCCUGUGGCCGAGGGACUCGGCACUCGCAUACCCUUCGAGAAGCGCGAUGGCUUCACCAGCGACAGCGGCUGGUUCGACCACGACCGCGCCGUUGCGCAGGUUGUUCGUGAUCGCAAUAAGCACCGUAAUAACAUGAUCAACCUCGAACACAACAUGGGUCGUAGCAACUUCAACGAGGGGGCCCACAUUCGCCCCGUCGCCAACUACUCCCAGAUGGACAAGUCCAGCACCCAUGAGAAGCGUCAGGCUGAGGCUCUCACCGACGAAGGAGGUGAUCAGUACUGGGCGGGCAACAUCCAAAUCGGCACGCCCGGCAAGAAGUUCUACAUCGACUUUGAUACCGGCUCUGCCGACCUCUGGGUCCCUUCCGUAAACUGCACCAGCUCCUACUGCAGCGGGAAGAACAAGUACGACCCCUCGACGACAUCCACCGAGUCACGCAAGAGCGGAUCGUUCUCCAUCUCAUACGGCGACGGAUCCAAGGUCUCUGGGCCUGUCUACACCGACACCGUCGCCGUCGCCGGCAUCACCGUGAAGAACCAGUAUUUCUCGCCGGUCAACACCCUCUCCUCCAUGUUCGGCGGGGAGGCUAUGGACGGUAUCCUGGGAUUGGCCUUCCCUUCUCUUUCAAACCUCCGCCAGCCCCCCUUCUUCAACUCCGCUAAGACUCAGGGCGCGGUGAAGACCGGCGUGUUUGCGUUCAAGCUGGCCAAGACCGGCUCGGAACUCUACCUCGGCGGUACCGAUACGUCGCUCUACACGGGCGCGAUUGAAUAUCACGCCGUCACGGGCUCCGGCUUCUGGCAGGUUGCGGGCGCGAGCCUGAACGUUGGCACCAAGGCGGUACAGUCGAACUUCCAGACGAUCAUCGACUCGGGCACGACUAUCAUCUACGGUCCCCCGAGCCAGGUCAAGACCUUCUACCAGAGCAUCCCCGGCUCGAAGGUGUACGACUCGACGAACGGCUUCUACUCCUUCCCGUGCAGCUCCGUCCCGUCGAACGUCUCGUUCAGCUGGGGCGGGAAGAAGUGGACGAUCAGCGCCGCGAACUUCAACUUCGGCAGAGUCAGCUCGACGACUUGCAUCGGUGCGAUUGCCGGCCAGGACCUCGGUCUCGGCACCAACACCUGGUUGCUCGGCGACAGCUUCAUGAAGAACGUCUACAGUGUCUUCUCGUUCGACCAGAACUCGGUUGGCUUCGCAACGCUCAAGUGA